AUGCUAACUCGCGUCCAACUCAACCUCCUUGGCCGAAGAAGUUAUCUAUCGAGCGUGGUGGCCCUCGCAACAGGUGGCCAACAAGGCACCAUCAGUCUCGAGAACAACGAUGACGACAACACAGAACAGACGUAUGGCAGUGACUUCGACAUAAACCGCAAGUACCUGACCUUCAGUUGGUGGCUACUGAACAAAGGAUGGGUGGACUUGAUGCACCGAGUAGAGAGCGCCGUGCGCACCGUCUUUGGCAGCCUGAGCCCUAGGGAUCUCCUGAGCUUUGAGAGGUUCUCCGAGUUGACGACUGAGGUGAGGAAGCUUGUCGAAGGUUCUACCAAGGAGGAGCGUCAGAAGCCAGACUGGCUCAACUUUCUCCUCCCACCCCGGGGCAUGGAGGACGAAGUGAUUCGAGAGUCGGGCAUCCUCGACGAGACAUCCAAUCAGGGUGGCGAACAGUCAACACACGCGUCACAGGCAAUCCUGAGACGGCUGCUUGACGAGACAGCCGACCUCAUCGAAUCACCCAGUUUCACGCACGUCCUCACUCUUCUCCUCGACGCAGGUUUCUCUUAUCUCAUUGAUAAUAAGCUCGCCACAGCCGCGUUUGAACUCCCGGCCUCAGAUGGUAUCGUCACUCCUGAACUCAAGGAUCAGCAGCGCUCAAAGGUGAUUCUACUGCCAAAGAUCCUGUCGGUGUUGACACGUCAGGCACAUGUCAUUGGCGACGGAAUGCCUAACGAAUACCUCCAGAAGAUGGAGACUGUCCGUGAUCUGGAGGCUUUUGCUGCUGUCGUGUAUUCAAGUAAUUGGGAGCAGGAAAUUCGCACAGAUGAUGACCUGAUGGCCAGUGCUGUUGAUCUUGGCGCUUCGCAGACAGCUGGUGUCACCAAGGCAUCGCAACCACAGACUCAGACACAGACACAAGGUGCACAAGGCGAAUCAAGCCUGGUUGUGGUAGACCCUCAGGGGGGCUUCGAGAGCGCAUGGGGGCGAGCAGUGGAUGACAAGUCGUGA